CGCAGCUCGGCACCGCGAUGGGGUCGGGACGGGCGCCGAGCCUGGGGCUGCUGCUGGCGCUUCUCAGCGGGGUGGCGACCGGGCUCCACUCCCUGCGCUACUUUGACGUGUUGGUGGCGGAGCCCAGCCCGGGGGUGCCGCAGUUCGUGGGCGUGGGGUACGUGGACGGGGUCCCCAUCGUGCGCUACGACAGCGAGCGGGGGGACACGGUGGCCCCCGCCGCCUGGAUGGUGGCCAACGUGGAGCGGCAGUACUGGGAGCGGAACACGCAGGUGGCCAGGCACAACCAGCAGCUCUACCGGCUGCAGCUGCGGGCGGCGCGGGCGCGCUACAACCAGAGCGGCAGGGGUGAGACGUGGCAGAGCAUGGUGGGCUGUGACCUCCUGGAUGAUGGCAGCACCAGGGGCUACUUCCAGACCGCCUAUGACGGGAGGGACUUCCUGGCCUUCGACAUGGGCACGAUGACCUUCACCGCGGCCGACGAGGUGGCUCUGGUCACCAAGAGGAGCUGGGAGGAGGAUGGGACCGUGGCCGAGCGGUGGAAGCACUACCUGCAGGACACCUGCAUCGAGUGGCUGAAGAAGUACCUGAGCUACGGGCGGGAAGUGCUGGAGAGGAAAGAGCCCCCCACAGUGCGAGUGUCAGGGAAGGAGACCCAGGGGACCCUGACCCUGUCCUGCCGUGUUUACGGCUUCUACCCGCGGCCCAUCGCCGUCAGCUGGCUGAAGGGCGCCGAGGUGCGGGACCAGGACACCCAGCGGGGUGGCAUCGUGCCCAACAGCGACGGCACCUUCAGCACCUGGGCCUCCAUCGAGGUCCUCCCGCAGGAGCGGGACAAGUACCGGUGCCAGGUGGACCACUCCAGCCUGUCCCAGCCCGGCCUCUUUGCCUGGGGGCAGCAGCAGAAGGGCUACACUUCGGCAUCAGGCAGUGAUGGGGGCUCCAGCAGCUCAGCCUUAGAGGUCAGCGCCUGAGUGCCAGGCCAGGGGCUGGCCCAGGGCUGUGUGUGGCACCUGCCCGAGCCCAGGCUGGAUGCAGAGAGGUGCUGGAGGAAGCUGGAGACUGCCUGAAGAGAGAGGUCACCACCAGAGAGCCCUCGGGUUUGGCUGGGCUGGUUUGGCUGGGCUGGGGUUGAUGUUCUCCAGUGCAGCCCAGUGCCGUCAGGUGCUUGUUGCGUAGGAGUCACCUCGAGCUGCAGGGGGGGCUGAUGGAGUCACUUUCUGCUUGGCUUUGCUCAAGGAGCUGUGUUGGCUGAAGCUUGAGGAAAUGCCAGCUCUGGGCUCCCACUGCCAUUCUGUGGACAUGCAGCAACAGAGCCCAAAGCAGCCUCCAGAACCUGAGCCAAGGAAGGAGGCUUUGAGGCUCCACCAUCACCAGCAGCUGGUGAAGAUGAUGCCAACAAGGAACCAGGUGUUGGAGGAUCUCAGGCCAAAGUCCCCUUUGGACUGCCACCUGUCUCAGAGGCCCAGGGCUCUUCCUGGAGCUCUUACCAGGAAUGGCACUGGCCCAGGGCUCAGAAAGGGGAAUGAAACCUUGGAGUUGUUUAAUAAAGGGACAGACACAA